AUGACGAAGAUAAGGAUGCAGAGCAGGUGGACAGCAACGAUCCUGAGGAAAUGUUCCAGAAUAUUCAGCAUCAGAAGGAAAUCAUCGCCAACAUCCGAACACGUCCCUGGCCAAUGAGACGCAAGCUCAAAGCCUUAAACAACCACUUUCUGGUGAGGGUCAUGGUGGCUCCUGAGCCUGAGCUAGAGGCAGGAAUUCACUCUGGUUCAGACAUCAGUCUAUCACAGGGCACCAAGCACGCACGCACACACACACACACACACACACACACACACACACACACACACACACACACACACACACACACACACACACACACACACACACACACACACACACAAUCAUUCAAUUUAGCAUAGGCAAUUUGCCUACCAGCAUGUUUUAAGGAGAACGCAGAAGAAAACCCACAUGAACAUAGAAAGAACGUGAAAUUCUAUGCAGACAGUAACCUGAGCUCAAGCUCGAACCAGGCAAUCUCAAACAUGAAUACACCAGGAGUAUUUUAAAUGAGAUGUAUUGUGUAAUUAGGAUUUUAUUAUACAUGUAUGCAAACCUGAAUUUAUUAUUAACCUAUUGCUGAAAUAUUUAACUUACAAACCCUAUGAUGCCUCUUACUGUUAGAUAGAUAGAUAGAUAGAUAGAUAGAUAGAUAGAUAGAUAGAUAGAUAGAUAGAUAGAUAGAUAGAUAGAUAGAUAGAAUAAAGCUAGAGUCAUUAACUAUCCUAUAAUGAGCUGGCUUAUUUAAGCUAAUACUAUUUAUACAAUGAGGUCACAAUAAUACUUAUAAUAUAAUCAGUGGCAAAACUUGUAGGAUAAAUUAUUCGUGAUCCUAUUAUUUAAAUAAAUAUGCAACAAUUACAACAUAUUAACAUAAUGGCAAGAAGGCUCCUUAAUUUAUAGCAUGUGAAGUCAUGAGUGAUUUUAUGUGCUGGUGAUCUGGUGCUAAUGGAGAAGAAAUGUACCGAUGCAAGGUAAAUAACAAUUAACACUUGGCUCAUGAGAGCUCUAACCUUAUUUAUGACAUGGCACCAGGAAAACAAUCUAACUUGGGUAAUUAUUUCAUUAUACCGUCACUGGCUUCCCCAUUUUACUGAGGUCACAUGUUCAUUAUAAUGCAUUAUCUUAUGCUUAACUGGAUUUGACUGAUUGAGGUCUCUCAAGGGCCAAGGACGCUUACCUUUGAGACGCAAAACUCACACACACACACACACACACACACACACACACACACACACACACACACACACACACACACACAGACAUACAUCUUUAAAAAAAAUAAUAAUAAUUUAAAAAAGCACAAAGUAUUCAGAGCCAAGUUAUAACCUAAAAAGUGUUGCACGCAUGUUACUUACUCUGUGAUGAUUGCUUUGCUCUCAGCAUUGUUUAAUGCCCCUUUGUAAAUUAUCCAGAUAAGGUAUCUGCAGCUUUAUUUCCUUUCAAGGUCCAUGAUAUUUAGAGUCAGCAGUAAUGCAUAAAGCUCUUGACUGGCCAGCUUACACUGCAACUCAUCUGUGAGAAGAGUUAAUAACUGUCUGUAAGAAAAUAAGUGUUUUUGUCUAUCAUAUCAGUCACUCAUACACUUAAAAAAAUCUGAGAUACUAUAAAUAUCUCAAAAAGCCAUUUUUCAUCUUGACCCCUUCAUAUUUGUUGGCAGAACUCUCACAGACCAGAUUGCAUCGUAGUGUAAUACAGUAAUAUUAUCUGUUAGAAAAAGGAGCCAAGAUGUGUUUUUUACUGGUUUUAGAUGGUAAAACUUCCAUUCAGGGGAAAGCCCAGCUAAAAGCAUGGUUCAUAUCUUAGAGGAAUGCCUACAGCAGUGAAAUGUCCUGUGAAGCAUUAAAGCUUGGUAUUAAUGGCUUCAUCAGAGCCGAGUACAGCAGUAAAUCACUGCUACGAUCACAGGGAGGAAUAAUAUGUUAUGGGCCAGACUGCUGAUCCUGGCUAUCAGUGUGUGUGUUUGUGUGUGUGUCUGUGUGUGUGUGUGUGUGUGUGUGUGUGUGUGUGUGUGUGUGUGUGUGUGUGUGUGUGUGUGUGUGUUUGUGUUUGUUUGUUUGUUUGUUUCAGGCAGGCCAGGGAGAUCGUGCUGAAGUAUGAAGGCAGGCUGACCAGGACACGAGGAUACCAGGCUGCAGGGGCAGACCUGUUAAAGAAGAUUUCAAGAGUUCUCUACAACAUCCUUGUUUUAUUCAUCCCAUGGGAAAUGAGGAUUAAAAAGAUUGAAAGUCACUUUGGAUCUGGUGUGGCCUCAUACUUUAUUUUCCUACGAUGGCUAUUUGGGAUUAACAUUGUCCUCACAAUUAUGACUGGAGCCUUUAUUGUCCUUCCUGAGCUCCUUGCUGGUGCUCCUUUUGGCACCACACGCAGCAAAACCAUCCCAAAGGACCAAAUCGCCUCAGCUCAGGACCUUGACACCAUCUGGUCACUUGGGGGUUACCUGCAGUAUUCUGUGCUUUUCUAUGGCUAUUACGGAAACGUGCGUAAGAUUGGCAGCGCCGGCUACCGCCUACCCCUGGCCUACUUUCUUGUUGGGAUGGCUGUUUUUGCCUACAGUUUCAUCACUCUCUUAAGAAAAAUGGCAAAGAACUCACGGUUGAGUCUAUCCAGUGCUUCCAGUGAGAACUACACGUUCUGCUGGCGAAUCUUCUGUGCCUGGGACUACUUGAUCGGCAAUCCCGAGGCUGCUGAGAGCAAAGGAGCAGCAAUAGUCAAUAACAUCAGGGAGGCCAUUGUGGAAGAGCAAGAGAAGAAGAAAGAGACCAGCCUAGCAGUUUUGAUCAGCUUGCGGAUUCUGGCCAACAUCCUGGUCCUGCUCUCACUGGCAGGCAGCAUCUACAUCAUCUACUUUGUUGUGGAUCGCUCACAGAAGCUGGAGCAGCAGAAAGCAGAGCUAACUCUGUGGGAAAAGAACGAGGUGAGUGUAGUGGUCUCCCUCAUCACAAUGAUCGCUCCCUCUGCCUUUGAGCUGGUGUCCCAGUUGGAGAUGUACCACCCAAGAACCAGCCUUCGUUUCCAACUUGCCAGGGUGCUGGUGCUGUAUCUUGGAAACCUCUAUAGUCUGAUAAUCGCCCUGUUGGACAAAGUGAAUAGCAUGAGCUCUGAUAUUCCAGGGAACUGGUCUGAUUCCACCUCUUACCUGGCCACCAUUUCCCAGCCUGCAGAGACUAACCUGUCCACCAUCGUCCCAGAGAUCACUGAGGGGAGGAAUGGCACUUUCACCAUGGCUGUAAUGGAGCUGAACCGUACUACCAUCACUGUCAAGCACGGUGUUGUGUCUGGACCAUCAGCACUAGUACUAACUGGAAUCAACCAUUCCAUACUAUAUGAAUACAAUUUCAAAACCCAGCAGGAUCCAUGCUGGGAGACCUAUGUUGGACAGGAAAUGUUGAAGCUCUCGAUCAUUGACAUGAUCUUCACUGUGGCUAGCAUUUUGUUGAUCGAUUUUAUCCGGGGCCUGGUGGUUCGAUACCUGAGCGACUGCUGCUGCUGGGAUCUGGAGAGCAAAUUUCCUGAAUAUGGUGAAUUCAAGAUAGCUGAAAAUGUCCUACAUCUAAUAUACAACCAGGGAAUGAUAUGGAUGGGGGCCUUCUUCUCACCCUGCCUGCCUGCCUUCAAUGUGCUGAAGCUAAUUGGACUCAUGUACCUGAGAAGCUGGGCUGUGCUCACCUGUAAUGUUCCUCAUCAGCAGGUCUUCCGGGCAUCCAGAUCUAAUAAUUUCUACCUGGCCAUGCUCCUCUUCAUGCUCUUCCUCUGCAUGCUACCAACCAUCUUCGCGAUUGUGAGGUACAGGCCAUCACAGCACUGCGGACCUUUUAGUGGUCAAGAGAAGAUUUAUGACAUCAUCUCUGAGACAAUAGACAAGGACUUCCCUGCGUGGUUUAGUAAAGUGAUGAGUUACGUAACAAGUCCUGUGGUGGUUCUGCCAGCUCUCUUGCUUCUCUUCAUGCUGAUCUACUACCUGCAGUCCAUCGCCAGGUCUCUCAAAUUCACCAACAACCAGCUUCGAAUGCAGCUUCAAACUGAACGCACAGAUGACAAGAAGAAAGUGUUUCAGUUGGCUGCAGUGGGUAUGUUCCCUGCAGCACGUCUCCAGCCACCUGAGGGCAGUGAGCAAAAACCCGAGCAGGAGAGUGACAUCACCAGCAUGGAGUCGCCAGUACGGUCUGCUUCCCCUCCACGUCGCAAUGGCAGCAUCAGCAAAAUUCUUUCGCCUGGCAGGCGCAGCAACAGCAUCCGCACAAUUGCCCAAUCAGCCUCUAGGCCGGAUGACAGGAGUCCCUCCAUCCUUGUGAGACCCAAGCCUAGCAGUGUUUACAGAGUAUUCGGCAGCCCCUCCGUUCCCCAGAGGGAGAUUCACAGGGCGGAAUACAUCCCCGUCAGGCAUCCAGCCUAUCCAGGCCGAGCCAAAUCAUAUCACCACAUGGCCUACAAUCCUUCUGUGUGUUUCUCUGAGAGUGUCCACUCAGACCCGGUGUUCAGGAAGAGCCUCAGGCCCAUGCACCCAGAGCCUGGUAUUGUCGCAGCGCAGAGCUACCUGGGCCGGCGUCCUCACACCACCCGUUAUGUCAUUCUAAAUGAGCACGAACCACGCAAGAAGAUUAUGCGUUCCACCAUGCGUCUGCCAAGGCACUACCAUGUGGUAGAUGAGCCAGCUGAGAUUGUGGAGCUUUACCCUCGCAAUGUAAAGUGCUACAUUCCCCGGAGUCAGCAGCCCCACCUUAGUGAAGAAGACGAAGAAGAUGAAGCUCACGACGGUGGAAAAAGAGGGUCUUUAGGGCACUCACACCGCCCAAAGUCACUCUCCGAUCUCCAUCAGAGAUCACCGGCACGUUUUUACAUUGGUGAAACUCUGGAUAGUCGCCUAGCACGGAGAGUGUAUGGAGAGGAAGAAGAGGGAAAUUAUAUGGAGUGGGAGGAGGAAGGCCCUCGUAGCCGCUCCCGGAUAUGUAAUAAGGUCCCAGAAACACUACACAGGCAUGGAGAACCUCAUGUCAAACCCAAGAACAAACGCAAUGGGGAACCAUCACUGACCGAGUCGGAUUCUGCCUCACUGGAGUCCAGCAGUGACCAGCAAAACAGCAGCACUGACCAGUACAUCCAGGUCAUCCACAACAAAGAAAAAUACCUAAAACACAGCACUAAGAUGACUAAAAAGAAGUCCAAAACCAGUGCUGAACUGAACAUGACUGGAUCAAAAGAUCUAGUGUGCUCAAAUGUUUGACAAAAGUUACUGCAAAUAUUACAUCAAAUAAGGUUCCAAUAGUUGUGUUGCACAAAUGCUGUCUUAUUAACAUGUUCUAAAGCACAUAUUGUAGGCAAGACUCCAGCAUCCAAAAUGUAGGACCUAAAUGUUCUGCAAAUGUAAUUUUCUGUAUGUAAUAUUAUAAAGUGAUAUCAAGACCUUCAGUAUAUACAACCCCUGGCAAAAAGUUAUGGAAUCACAAUACUUAGAUGAUGUUCACCUGGCUUUUUACUUCGUAGCAAAUAAACAAAUCACAGAUAUGACAGAAAAGAUCAUGGAAUUAUUAUGGAAUCCCUCAAUGUUGUGGGGGGAAAAAAUCACAAUUAGUACUUUUUUGCUCCUCCUCACGCUUUUAUAACUGACGGGAUUCUCUGAGGCAUGGAUUUCACUAAUGAAAAACAAUAUUCUCCAUCAGGCUGGUUCAAAUUUUCUUGAAUAGCAGUUGACAGAUCAGCUUUGAAGGCCUUAUCAUGGACCAAUUUUUUACAUUUCCACCAUAAAUUUUAAAUCGGAUUGAAAUCCAGACUGUUUGCUGGCCAUGGCAUCUAUUAAUUUUUGCCAGGGUUUGUACAGUAUGUAAUAUAAAGACUAAUUGGAACGGAACCUGCCUAUAGCAUAAAUGUGCAAAUCCCUAUGAUAGAAGUUAUUUUCCAGAGAGAUCACACAUAAUCUUUAAAGAUUUUUGAUUGAUUUGGAUAAAUUUAAGAUAAGUGUUGUUAAUGCCUGUGAUGGAAGAACUACAUACUUUGUAAACUAGAUAAAAUGAAAAAUGUCAUCUGAAAUUGAAAACUAUACUAGAAUAUUAUACUAUUAUACACUUAUUUACAGCACUUUGGAAGAUGCUUUUCUGGAUUACGUAGCAUGGAAUUCAAGUAGGGACAACUUUCUGGCCACAUUUAUUGAGCUUGUUGAGUUUUUCCCAUCUCUAAUGGGAAGAACAUUUUGGACAAAUGUUUUUUUUUCAUCUACAACCCAAAUAGUGCUUUAAACCCUGUGGUCUUCCUUCAAAUCUGCACUUUGUUGACAUACAAUGUAGAGACCCAUGAUGCAACAGUCCUCACUGGUGCAUGAAGUUAGAAGCUGAGCAGACACACAAUGUGGUCACAAACUUGAUGCUACAUUACUUAUUCAAAAUCCUUUGCAGGUGCAUGGCGGUGACCUGUGAAACUAUGAAACCUGGUUUCAUGAGAAAUUUGUAUGAAUUCUAACAAAGAAGGGAAAUGUGGGUGGAUUUAGCUAAAUUUGUUACAAAUGAAGUCAUAAGAACAUCCAAAUGAUGCUAACUUGCAAGUUAGGUUAGCAAAUUGUUGUUACAAAUUACAUUUAUUUAAAGAUGUGUAUGACCAUGCUGGUGAAAUUGAGGGAAAAUAAAGUUUUGAGUAAUUUUGUCAUUCCCAGCACUAAACUGCUCAAGAUGAUUUCUUAAAUGUAUCUGAUUUAUGAGAUCAAAGAUAAAGUGUUUUUAGAAAUCUCUAUGUGAGGUCACCAUGAAACUGAGGCAAUAAUUUGUGUGUGAGGAGGCUGGAUUUGGUCAAAAUGGUCUGCUCCUUGGUGGCACUUGGACAGCAACCAGCCUUGUAUAUAAAUGCAAAAGAAAAUAGUUUAAUGACUAUGACUUGUCAGGCACUUGUUUGCAUAUUUGACUAGGAUGGCAGGGUACGAUGAUGUGUUUUCCAGUGUCUCACGUAUGUGCAAAGGGGUGGGAGGAUGGCUGAGGGCGCUUGGGGUCCUUAUCAAGUUUCAGUUAAUAAUGGUUUAAAUAAAUGUUCCUGUUUGCCAUCACAUGACCUAGUUUGGGCUAAAGACAAAAAUCACUCAAGAUAAAUUUACAGCAUUAAAGGUCCUAGAACUUCUGGCUGGUUAGUUGUCUAAAGGGAAUCUUUGGGUUCUUAGAAUAAAUAUCCUUUCAGCACUAAAGCAAUAGCGAAAUGGAAAUGGAAAAGUAAGAAUAAACAUAAUAGGGACAGCCACGGUCUAUAAUAAAUUUAAUGGCCAUAUUCAGCAAUAAAUAUAUCAUAAAUAAUAAUAUCACACAAAACAACAAACUCAGACAAGAAGGCAUAUCAAAAACCAGAAGAGAAAGAACAACCCUUUUAGAUAUGAUGAAGAUCUGCAUCUAAUAAAGCAAGAUUUAGAAGGGAGACUCAUCAUAAAAAGUUAUGAUGAUGGAAGGUUCUACAAGGUGCAAGACACCAUUCUACAUAGGAAAAUCUAUAUCUGUGUCAAAUGUAGUAAUUCACAUGUGCUUCACACUGUAGAGAAAUUUGAAAUUUGAGACUGAUCAUUAGAAUUGAAAUACAAAUGAGAUGACAGUUAUAUAAAUACCAUUAAUAGUUAUGUGAAAGAAGCUAGGACUAAUGGACACUACAGUUCAUACAAAUUAAAAUAGGUAUGUGUUUUUUUUUUUUUUACUGGGCUAUGUGUUUUAUAUAGAGAAUAAUAAAGGGAAAAAAACAAAAGAAUAUAAAGACAAAUAGAAACGCUCUAUUUGGGAAAAAUUGGUCUUGAUAAUGGGGGGUGCA